GACCAAUCCCUGAAGAAUUCAAAUCUCGGAAAUCAUGCGUCCCUUUAGAAGAGGAACUGCCCUUUUGGGGUCUAAGUCGACAUAUUGCUACCGCACUCACGUCGCUGCCAAUGGCGCUUCCAUAUUCCAGCGGCAGCUCAGCUCUUGUACCGGAAUCCGCUAUCCUGCCGGUCAACCACUUUCCCGGAUCCCAGCGAGAGCUGAUAUCCCUUCACCACGCACUGUGCGGUAUGCAUCGUCAGCUUCGGGGAUAAAGAAAACCCAGUUGUACGAUUUUCAUGUCGCCAAUGGAGCCAAGAUGGUUCCCUUUGCCGGGUUCUCGAUGCCCUUGCAGUACAAGGAUCUCAGUCAUCUUGAGAGCCAUCACUGGACGAGGGAGAAGGCUAGUUUGUUUGAUGUGAGCCAUAUGGUUCAGCAUCGCCUGAGCGGGCCGGGUGCAUUGGAUCUGUUGAUGAAGGUGACCCCGUCUUCUCUCGAUAAAUUGCCCAUCAACCAGUCUACGCUGUCUUGUCUGCUAGAAGAAGGAACGGGUGGAAUCGUGGAUGAUACGGUUAUCACCAAACAAGGUCCGGAUUCCUUUUAUUUUGUCACCAACGCUGGCCGGCGAGAGGAAGACUUGGCUUUCUUGCAGAAUGAAAUCGAGAGGUACAGGAGUGCCCAUGGUGCGGACAGCGUCAAGUGGGAUAUUUUGGAGGACAGGGCUCUAGUCGCCCUCCAGGGUCCCCUGGCUGCAUCUGUUCUUCAAUCGUUCAUCUACACUGAAGGUGAACCUACAACGGAGACGGACUUGAGUACAUUGUACUUUGGCCAGAGUCGCUCCCUCUAUCUACGACUUCUUGAUGGAUCUCGCACACCGCACCGUCUCUUGAUAUCCCGCACAGGUUACACGGGCGAGGAUGGCUUUGAAAUUUCCAUUCCAACCGAAAAUGCCCCGUCCCUCCCCGUUCGAGUCGCUGAGCUCCUCCUUUCCAAACCGGACGAGGUCCGUCUCGCAGGUCUCGCGGCCCGGGAUUCCCUCCGCCUCGAAGCAGGCAUGUGUCUUUAUGGUCAUGAUAUCUCAACCUCCCAGACCCCUCCCGUCGCCUCACUGGGCUGGGUUGUAGGAAAGGAUCGACGCGAUCCGUCGACUGCGACCUUCAACGGGGCAGACAUCAUCCUCCCACAACUUGCCUCCCCAUCGAAGACCCUCUCACAGCGCCGUGUCGGUUUUACCGUUGAAAAGGGGCCUCCAGCCCGUGAGGGCGCCAUCAUCGUCGGCCUAAGUGAUGAUCAGAAGACUCAAAUCGGAGUCGUCACCUCGGGUCUCCCCAGUCCAUCAUUGGGCGGAGCCAACAUUGCCAUGGGUUAUAUCAAGCAGGGUAUGCACAAGAAAGGCACCGAGGUUGGAGUCCUGGUAAGGAAUAAAGUGCGCAAGGCCACAGUGGUUGGAAUGCCAUGGGUCGAGAGCAAAUUCUAUAGACCCAAAGCAUGAUUUUUUUUUUUUUUUUUUUUCAUUCUUUCAUCGACGUUUGAGUUGUCUUUUUUUAAAAAAAAUUUUAUCUUGUUUUCCAUUCCAGUCAAUUUGGCGCUUGUAUCUUUAUAACUACCCUUUGAAGUUCUCGGUUUCAUGGCUGGCUCUCAACACCAGUACAGUUGGUUGAAUAGCAGGUAUGAUCUUCAAAAGCAUGAAGUCAUUGCCAUUCGGUUUUCUUUCAAAUUGAACACUGUUAGUGUCUAGCGGAAUUGAUAUGAUUAUAUUAUUACUGCAAUAUUGAUUCUUCGAUGGAUUAGAGAAACUGACAGGUCAGAUCUGUAAGCCCUCUUGCUAUCAUGUAUUUCGUACUAGUAUUAUCUGGAGAAAAUCAUUCAGAACCCGC